GCUGCCAUUUUUGAGACCGAGCUUUGCUUAUGAGCUAUUUCUUUGGCGCUUCCCUCCACAUCCAGAACUUGAUUGAAGAGGAGGACAUCUGCAAAUUAAGCUCGAAACUGACAUGUUUUAGACCUUGUGAGCUAAUUAAGCUGACAUCCACCAGGCUGAAGCUAGAAACUGCUGUCACAACCAUUGCUUCAAUGCUCCAAAAAGCUUUAUUGAUCCUAUUGGGAGUAUCAAUUUCCAAAACUAUCAGACUCAUCUCUCGUUCGCGUAAUUGUAACCAACUUGUUGGUAUUGAUGCUUGCUCUGAAGACAAUAUUAUUUUAACUCAAACGGUUUCUCCUCCUGCUACCAAGUAUGAUGUGUUCCUUAGCUUUAGAGGAGAAGACACUCGCCACAAUUUUGCAAGUUCUCUUUACAGAAGGCUACAAAAUGCGGGCAUUCACACUUUUAUGGAUCAUGAACUUCGAAAAGGAGAACCAAUCUCACCGGUUCUUCUAAGAACAAUAGAGGAAUCAAAAAUAUCUGUGAUUAUUUUCUCUUAUCAUUAUGCUUCUUCAACUUGGUGUCUGGAUGAGCUUGUUCAUAUAUUAGAAUGCAAGCGUAAAUUUGGAAGGAUUGCUAUACCUAUUUUCUAUAAUGUAGAUCCUUCAGACGUGCGCAAACAAAACGGGAAUUUUGGAAAAGGAUUUAAUGUAUUGAAGCAAAGAUUUAAAGACAACCAACAAAAAUUACAAAAGUGGAGUAAUGCUUUAUUCCAAUCCACAAGUCUCUCUGGAUGGGAUCCCCACAGCACGAGACCUGAAUUCAAACUUAUUGAAGAGAUUGUCAAGGAUAUUUUGAGGAAGUUGAGCUAUGCGUCAUCAUCUCAUCUUGAAGGACUCAUUGGUAUUGCUCGACAUAUUGAAAACAUUCAAAGGCUUCUGACUGAGGCUCGCAUUGUGGGAAUAUGGGGUAUGGGUGGUGCUGGUAAGACCACACUUGCUAAAGCUAUAUUUCAAGAGUUGAAAGCUCAAUUUGAUGCUUUCUCCUUUAUUGAAAAUGUCAAAAAGCAAUUAAAAAGAAUUAGUUUGGAUGAGCUGCAGAAGAAUUACCUUAAAGAAUUAUUAAAAGAUGAGGAUAUUAGCAUCUAUGACAUAAAAUCCACUUUUGUGAAAAAUAGGCUUCAGAGAAAAAAAAUUCUUCUUAUACUUGAUGAUGUAGACAAUUCAACAGUAGCGGCAGAUUUAACCAGGGUACUUGAUUGGUUUGGAGAAGGAAGUAGAAUUAUUAUCACAUCAAGGGACAUGCAAGUGCUGAAGAAUGCUUCUGCGACAUUCUCAACAUAUCAUGUUCCGGAUUUGGAUUUUGAAGAUGCUUUUCAUCUCUUCAGUUUGAAAGCAUUCAAGCGACAUGAGCCAUCUAAAGGUUACAUGGAGUUAUCAAAAUCAGUAGUGAAAUAUUGUCACGGAAACCCGUUAGCCCUAGUAGUGCUGGGUUGCUUCCUCUAUGGUAGACAAAAAGAAGAGUGGGAAAGUGCUCUGGAAAAACUAAGUCAAGCUCCACCCAAGGACAUUGUUGAUGUUCUAAAGUUGAGUUUCGAUGGACUUGAUGACAAACAGCAAAAUGUGUUUCUUGACCUGGGAAACGGGCCUUGA